AUGCGCCGCGCUCACACCCAGGGUGGGGCGGGCUCUGCAGUGACGUUACCGUACCGAGGCGGGGCAGAGGGGCGGUCCUGGAGGUGCCGGAGCGCCCUGUGUGUGGCCCACGGUGCCCUCUUUGUAUUCGAGCCGCGUGGGAAGGGAGCUGCCCCCAGCAUCUUUGGCAAGGUUGUCUGCUGCAGUCACUGUAAAGGGACUUUGGACAAGGAGGUGCUAGUUGUACUGCAAGGGAAGCCAUAUGUAUUUGACAGAGUGCUGCCGCCCAACACAACCCAAGAGCAGGUCUACAAUGCCUGUGCGAAGCAGAUUGUCAAAGAUGUCCUUGAGGGUUAUAAUGGGACCAUCUUUGCAUAUGGGCAGACUUCAUCAGGAAAAACCCAUACCAUGGAGGGGAAGUUGCAUGAUCCUCAACUUAUGGGCAUUAUACCGAGGAUUGCACAUGAUAUUUUUGAUCACAUCUAUUCCAUGGAUGAGAACCUGGAGUUUCACAUCAAGGUUUCCUAUUUUGAAAUCUACUUGGACAAAAUAAGGGACUUACUUGACGUGUCCAAGACCAACUUAGCUGUUCAUGAAGAUAAAAACAGAGUCCCCUAUGUAAAGGGGUGCACUGAGAGGUUCGUUUCAAGCCCUGAGGAGGUCAUGGAUGUGAUAGAUGAGGGCAAAGCAAACCGACAUGUGGCUGUGACAAACAUGAAUGAACACAGUUCGAGGAGUCACAGUAUCUUCCUGAUUAACAUUAAACAAGAGAAUGUGGAGACUGAAAAAAAACUCAGUGGGAAGCUGUAUUUGGUUGACUUGGCUGGGAGUGAAAAGGUCAGCAAAACUGGUGCCGAGGGAGCUGUUCUGGAUGAAGCUAAAAAUAUCAACAAGUCUUUGUCUGCUCUUGGAAAUGUGAUCUCUGCCUUGGCUGAAGGGACAAAAACACAUGUGCCAUACCGGGACAGCAAGAUGACUCGGAUUCUCCAGGACUCUUUGGGUGGGAACUGUAGAACCACAAUUGUCAUUUGCUGUUCUCCUUCCGUCUUCAAUGAAGCUGAGACCAAGUCCACGCUGAUGUUUGGACAGAGAGCAAAGACCAUCAAAAAUACAGUCUCGGUGAACUUGGAACUAACAGCAGAAGAAUGGAAGAAGAAAUAUGAAAAGGAGAAAGAUAAGAACAAGGCCUUGAAGAGUGUUAUCCAGCAUCUGGAGAUGGAGCUGAACAGGUGGCGGAAUGGGGAAGCUGUGCCUGAAGAUGAACAGAUAAGUGCCAAGGACCAAAAGAACCUGGAGCCCUGCGACAACACACCCAUCAUAGACAACAUCACGCCCGUUGUUGUCGGCAUCUCUGCAGAGAAGGAGAAGUAUGACGAGGAGAUCUCUAGUCUGUACCGACAGCUAGAUGAUAAGGAUGAUGAAAUUAACCAGCAGAGCCAGCUGGCUGAAAAGCUAAAGCAACAGAUGUUGGAUCAGGAUGAGCUUCUAGCUUCUACAAGGAGGGACUAUGAGAAGAUACAGGAGGAGUUGACACGUCUCCAGAUUGAAAAUGAGGCAGCCAAAGAUGAAGUGAAAGAAGUCCUCCAGGCCCUGGAGGAGCUGGCUGUCAAUUAUGACCAGAAGUCACAGGAAGUGGAGGACAAGACCAGGGCCAAUGAGCAGUUGACGGAUGAGCUGGCCCAGAAAACGACAACACUGACAACCACACAGAGAGAGCUGAGUCAGCUACAAGAGCUUAGCAAUCACCAGAGGAAGAGAGCCACGGAGAUCCUGAACCUGCUGCUGAAGGAUCUGGGGGAGAUAGGUGGAAUCAUUGGCACCAAUGAUGUGAAGACGCUGGCAGAUGUGAAUGGAGUCAUUGAAGAGGAGUUCACCAUGGCACGCCUAUACAUUAGCAAGAUGAAGUCGGAGGUCAAGUCCCUUGUGAACCGUAGCAAGCAGCUGGAGAGUGCCCAGAUGGACUCCAACAGAAAGAUGAAUGCCAGCGAACGGGAGCUGGCAGCUUGCCAGUUGCUGAUCUCCCAGCAUGAAGCCAAGAUCAAAUCUCUGACGGACUACAUGCAGAACAUGGAACAGAAGAGGAGGCAGCUGGAAGAGUCUCAGGACUCACUCAGCGAAGAGCUGGCCAAGCUUCGAGCCCAAGAAAAAAUGCAUGAAGUCAGCUUCCAAGAUAAGGAGAAGGAACAUCUGACAAGGCUCCAGGACGCCGAGGAGAUGAAGAAGGCUCUGGAGCAGCAGAUGGAGAGUCACCGGGAAGCACACCAGAAGCAGCUGUCCAGACUUCGUGAUGAAAUUGAGGAGAAGCAGAAAAUCAUUGAUGAGAUUCGGGACUUGAACCAGAAACUGCAACUGGAACAGGAGAGGCUGAGCUCUGAUUAUAACAAGCUGAAAAUAGAGGACCAGGAGAGAGAAGUGAAACUGGAGAAGCUCCUGUUGCUCAAUGAUAAAAGGGACCAAGCCAGGGAGGACCUCAAGGGGCUGGAGGAGACUGUGUCUAGAGAACUCCAGACCCUUCAUAACCUGCGCAAACUCUUCGUCCAGGAUUUGACCACCCGGGUGAAAAAGAGUGUGGAGUUGGACAGCGAUGAUGCAGGGGGUAGCGCCGCCCAGAAGCAGAAGAUCUCCUUCCUGGAGAAUAACCUGGAGCAGCUUACCAAGGUGCACAAGCAGCUGGUCCGGGACAAUGCAGAUCUGCGCUGUGAACUCCCCAAGCUGGAGAAGAGGCUGCGAGCUACUGCUGAGCGUGUCAAGGCCCUGGAGAGUGCACUGAAAGAGGCCAAGGAGAAUGCCAUGAGGGACCGCAAACGCUACCAGCAGGAGGUGGAUCGCAUCAAGGAGGCUGUGCGAGCCAAGAACAUGGCCAGGAGGGCACAUUCGGCUCAGAUCGCCAAGCCCAUCCGCCCAGGACAUUACCCGGCAUCAUCUCCAACAGCUGUCCAUGCCGUCCGAGGAGGAGGUGGCUCUUCAAACCCUACUCACUACCAGAAGUAAAUGCAGAGUGAGUCCCUGCAAGUCUGGGGUGUUUUCUCUUUGCAGCAGACAUGGGCUUAUUUGGAGGCAGAGCUCUUGCUACUCCAGAGCCCCACCCUAGC